GAGUGUAAAAUACGCGGAAGCGACAGGCGGAAGCGGUCUUGUCUGUCAAGGGAGGAAAAAUUUGCAGAAUUUGACACAAAGAGGUUAAUCCCACCUAAUAGCACCGAUCAUUCCCCCUUCUCCUCGACACCGGCGUCCGCUGCGAUGAUCCUGUUAGAAAUCAAUAACCGAAUUAUCGAAGAGACGUUGUCGUUGAAGUUCGACGGCGCAUCGAAUGGAACCAAACCAGAGGCCGUCGAUGUGACGUUUGCAGAUUUCGAUGGCGUCUUGUACCACAUCUCCAACCCCAAUGGGGACAAGACCAAAGUGAUGGUCAGCAUCUCCCUGAAGUUCUACAAGGAGCUGCAGGAGCACGGGGCUGACGAGCUGCUCAAGAGGGUCUAUGGGAAUUUCAUGGUUUCAACAGAAGCCGGCUACAACGUGUCCCUCCUCUACGACCUGGACGCGCUGCCAGCCAAUAAAGACGAGGUGAUCCACCAGGCGGGGAUGCUCAAGAGGAACUGCUUCGCCUCGGUGUUUGAGAAGUACUUCAAGUUCCAGGAGGAGGGCAAAGAGGGCGAGCAGAGGGCCGUGGUCCACUACAGAGAUGAUGAGUCCAUGUAUGUGGAGGCCAAGAAAGACAGAGUGACGGUGGUAUUCAGCACGGUGUUCAAAGACGACGAUGAUGUCAUCAUCGGAAAAGUCUUCAUGCAGGAGUUCAAAGAGGGUCGGCGAGCCAGCCACACGGCCCCCCAGGUGCUGUUCAGCCACAGGGAGCCCCCGCUGGAGCUGAAGGACACGGACGCCGCUGUUGGGGACAACAUCGGAUACAUCACCUUUGUCCUGUUCCCGCGUCACACCAAUGAGAAUGCCAGAGACAACACCAUCAACCUCAUCCACACCUUCAGGGACUACCUGCACUACCACAUAAAGUGCUCCAAGGCCUACAUUCACACACGCAUGAGGGCCAAGACGUCAGAGUUCCUCAAGGUGCUGAACCGCGCUCGACCCGACGCCGAGAAGAAAGAGAUGAAGACCAUCUCUGGAAAGACCUUCUCCCGCUGAGGCCGAUUCCCCGAACCAGAGAAAUCCAAACGCGCUACACUGAGACUCAAACGCCACAUCGGACAGGACUCCAGGACGCCUCGAGAUGCCCCUGCCCCGCCCCCAAAUACAUGUCCAGUCUUUUUUUUUUUUUAAAUGAAUAAUAAUGUUGGCUCUACUUAGGGAAAGCCCAGGCUCAAGAUAAAUGGAAAAAAGGGCAUUCCUUGCUUAGCAUAGUUAAAGAGAAUUAUUAGUCCUAUAUAAAUAUAUAUAUGAAAAAAAUUGAAAUUUUUGAUACGAUAUCUUUUACUCCAUUUGGUACUCUUGCUUGCCCCUCACCCCUCAACAUGCAAUAUCCAAGUACUGGAUGAUUUAAACCCCCCUCCCCAGACCCCUCCCUCUCUGUGCUUUCAUGUCGUCUGUACCAUUGUCAUUUGAAAAAAAUAAAAUAAUCACUCUUA